AUGUUAGACGCUGCUGCCUCGUUCCAUGCACUGUGGAGCCUGACGAUUGCUAUCGCCCUCAGCAGCUAUAUGGCACUGGUUAAGCUUCUUCGAUAUCGCCGUAUGGCAAAAAUUGAGGCCCCGUUCACCCUUGGAAAAAGAGAAUUAUCAAGCAUGACGAUCAAAGAAGCACAUGAAAUUAUGACCCAAUUACAAGAACUCGAGUUUCCGUACGCUUUUGCUAAGGCUCGUCAAAUUUCUCUACUCAAGGCUGGAGGUAUCCCGACCAUGUCCAAGCUUUUCGCAGUCACAGGCCAAAACAAUAGGCGUAAUGCAGGGAAGCGUGCUGUUGAUACGGAAAUUCUCCUGCGAGAGGCACAGUCCAAACCUCGAGAUUCAGAUCGCUACGCGUCAGCCGUGGCAAGAAUGAAUUAUCUCCAUGACCGUUACCGUCGUGCCAACAAAAUAACCGAUAAUGAUCUUCUCCAUACUUUAGGUGAUGGCCUUUCUGAGAUCCUGAAUGUUGUUGAGAGAGAAGAAUGGCGCAGGUUUACUGAUGUUGAAAAAUGUGCCCUCGGUAUCUUUCACAAGAACUUGGGAGAAGAUAUGGGAAUCCCAUUUGACCCCCUUUCUUCAGAAGAAAAAGGCUGGAAAGACGGCUUACACUUCGUGAUGAAACUGAAUGACUGGACAGUCCGCUAUGAGGAAGAAGUCGCAAAGCCGACGGAGACAAACGAUCAAUACGUCAGAGUCUAUGUUGAUUCGGCCAUGUCGUCGCUUCCUAGCAUUAUAAGAACAAAUGUGCGACAGAUGCUGGGUGCUGACUUGGAUGAUGUCAUGAGGACAAGCCUUUGUCUUGAGUCUCCCGGUCCAAUACUUUCCCUCAUACUGGCCUUCAUCCGGAACUCACGAAAAUUAUUUCUUCGAUACCUUGCACUUCCGCGCCGUUCUUCCCGUGCCGUCAAACUGGUGCAUGACACGCCAAAUCCCGAAACGCACCUAUAUAAUUUCGAAAGAAAGAGCUUGCAACCAUGGUACGUCCAGCCUACUUUCUGGUCGAAAUGGGGGCCCGGGGCGUUUCUGGUCAGAGCAUUUGGAGGGAAACUACCCGGUUCGCGCGGAGACCGAUAUGAGCCACACGGAUACAGUUUGAUGACUAUCGGGCCCGGACCACAAAAAGGGAAGGGAAUAGAGGAGAUGAAGUCCGAUAUGGAUGUAAUCAAGGCGAGGGGUGUGGCUACAUGUCCGUUCUCACAGUCUAAAGCUGGGAACUUUCGGUGA